AUGCACAGACACAGCGAGGCUUCCGAUGCCAGCCGCGGCAACAACGUUGAUUUGCACACAGUAGCAUCAGCCAGCUCUUGCAGCCAAGGAAAGGACCACACAGCUGAGGUCACAUCCAUAGCCGACACUGCAGAGUCGUAUCCCAGCAGGUGCGAGUCGCCUCUCCUGCCCAUGGGCCAAGGCGCAGCGUGCCGGAUUGACCCCGAUCGGCUGUCGCAGCAGCUGGGGAAGCACAGCAAUAGGCAAAGCCAAUACUCGAUGGUAUACAAGAACUAUGAUAUCCACGACGACGAGGAAGACGAUACCCAGAACCGGAUGGAGGAAGUGUCCGGCAAGCAUCCGCGUAGCGCCACAAUGGUCGGGAGCUCAUUGAGAGGCAGCAAACACGGGCUUCUGCCUUCUGGGACGCUUAGUCGAUAUCAAAUGCGGAGGCAGCGCACGCUGAUAGGAUCCAAUACAUAUCGCAAUGAUGGAAGCAGCAAUGGUGGUGGCUCGUCCUUGUCAGCAGCAGGAGCAGCAGUCGGUCAGACAUCGCCUGUGCGGGAGCUUUCAUCCAAGCUAAAGUCUGCCUGCCGCAAGCUCAACCCCAAGCGCCUAACACGGCAUGGCCACCACCACCAGGCUGAUCACGCCAGCUCUGCUGGGGCACCCGCUGAUCCAUCGCAUGACACUAUUUCGACAGACACGAUGGAGUUUGUCUCUACUUUUGCCCAUGACCGGGCAGUCAAGUAA